AUAUCAACCCAAGCGUUCAUAUUUGCCUCAAAUACUCAAUUUUAAGUGGAACCAUGAUAUAAAUAAAUUAACUUUCCUACUGAUAUAUUUAAUCAACACAUUUUAACUAUCCUUAACCGAAUGUGUUUUAUAACCGCGAUAAAGUGUUCUACAGGAAAAAUACUGGAUAUAUUUUAGUUAAGCUGGACACGUGCAGCACGUAUAACCAUACUUGUUAGGUGUCGAUUUAAAAUUAUUAAGUUUUCAUUUAAAAUGUCUACCUGUAUGUUUUUGUUUUCAAUAUGCCUACUGAUAGUAAGCGGUGGUUUUUUAACAUGGAAAACUGUGGAUACGUUUUUUACCCGCCAAUUUGGCGGAGAGGAAUCGGAAAAUCUAUUACGUCGACAGUAUGACGAUUAUUUAAAACAAUAUAAUAAGAACUAUUGGGGAGAAGAGUAUAAAACACGAUUCCAGAAUUUUAAGGAUUCACUUAAAGAAAUAUCCCGGCUUAACGCAGCCCACGGAAGCAAAGUUUUCGGCCUGAACAAGUUCUCGGACAUGUCCCGGCAAGAUUUUGGCCGAAAGAUGUUGAGUCCGACUGUACAUCUACAUGAAUGCCAGCCGUUGAAGUAUUCCCAUUGCCCCCCUAAGUUUAAUACCUGGUAUUCUGGAUUCCGUAGAAGAAAUGGGACAAUGCACAAAGAAAAUCCCAAACCAAAGGUUGAUUGGCGCAAAAGAGGGGUUGUGUCAAGAAUUCUGAACCAGAAACUGUGCAAUUCAUGCUGGGCCAUGAGCUUGGUGGGCGUCAUGGAGUCAAGGGGCGCUAUUAAAUAUAAGUCGCUAGACCGACUUAGCUCACAGGAGUUGAUUGACUGUUCCGUUUUUAACUAUGGAUGCGGGGGCGGUGACUUUCAUGGCGCUCUUAGAUUCCUCUGUGGUUUAUACAGCGUCCCGUUUCCCAUUGUGUCUGAGGACGACUACCCUCUAAUGUUGGUCGACCAGAAGUGCAAGAUAUCCGACGAAAAACACGUGACUGGGAUGACGUUAACGAACUUCGUUAAUGCCUGUGACAUGGAUGAAGAAGCGAUGCUAAGGGAGAUAUCGGCCAACGGACCGAUAGCCGUGACGGUCAACGCGUAUAAUUGGCAGUUCUACACCGGUGGCGUCAUACAAAGAGAGUGCCCGGGCGAGUGGCGCUACCUUCACCACACGGUCCAACUCGUCGGGUACGACCUGACAGCAGAGGUUCCGUACUACAUCGCCCGUAACUCCUGGGGUGAUGACUACGGCGAAGAUGGUUACCUCAGGCUGGCCGUACACCGCGAUAUUUGCGGAGUGACCAAGAACGUAGCCUACUUUGACGUAGCACGUAAAUAAUUAAUUAAAUAGGCGAUAAAGGCACACAUCAUUUCACGAUGCGAGAUCGUAUCGUGGGAAUCUACGACGACAAAGCGACACGACAUCGACUACUUAAAAUUACUGUCGUUAAUUAAAUAAAUAUAUAAUAAUAAAUAUCAGCACGAGGAAAACACGUCUAGUGCGGUUCAUUUUUCGAGAUUACAUGACCAAAUGCGAUGUCGUGUCGCUCACUCGUCGUAGAUGCAGAUUCCCAUGAUACGUCGCAUCGUGCGUGAUACGAUACGAUGCCGCGUCGUAGCAUACCUAGUCGUUACUAAGUUUUGAUACCGCGUCGUAGUCGUUACUAUACUAUUAAUAAAGAU